AUGAGCAGGCAGUUCUCGGAAGUGAUGAUUCACUGCUUUGCGUAAGAGGGGAUCAGCAUCCUGUGUUGUUUAUUAACUGUUUUUCUGGUUGUUUGUAACAUGUUAAAAUCGUACACCGUAUUCCUCAAAAUAGGCAUCUUCUGUAAUUUUUAAAACUGCAUAUUUUUUGCCGUCCGUGGUUAGCGGUUAACGUAAAACUGUGCGAUUUCAAUUCAGGAAAUGCUUGCUGGACAUAGUUUGAUAUAAAUAUACAGAUAUAUCGAAACAACAGAGAUCGGCUUAUUUCAUUAUUAUAACCGGCCCGCAUUCAAAAAUAAUAGUAUUAAUAAAAUACUUUAAUGGGUGCUCAUCGAAGUGAGGGAAGAAGAGACUGGCUUCAGCAAGAUGUUGCAGAGCAGCACAAUCCCUGGAACAUCAUGAUCAAACACAGGCAUGUGCAACGCAGAGGUCGACGCUCGCAGAUGACUGUCAGUUACACAGACCCUGUCAUUUCCAUGGACCUCUUACGAACUGUACUGCAGCCCAACUUCAAUGAAGACAUUUUAGCAGUCUUCAGAAAGUACAUGAAGUUUUUCGAGAAAGCGGCCAGCAAUGUGAAAGAGAAUGUUGGUGAGGAGGUACAGGCGGACCAGUUGAUCAGAGAGGUGUGCCGAAACUGCCUGGAGCAGGCCAAGCAGCUGUUUUCUGAUGGCGAGAAGACAACUUCACGGCCAGUGUUUGAACCUCCGGUCAAGCGUGCACGACACAUGGAAGAUGACUCCAGCCAGAGGGGAAGUCCUGUCCCAAGAAAGCGAAAAGGACGCCCCCCGGGGCUUGUAAUUUCCUGUGAUCGACCGGCUUCCUUUGGAAACCCCCCCAAGCCAAAGACAUCAGAGCCCAUAAAGCGUGAAGGUCCAAAGUGGGAUCCCUCCAGGCUGAAUGAGAAGACUACGUUUGUCCUGGGAUCAAGAGCAAAUAAGGCUCUUGGGAUGGGUGGCACCAGAGGAAGAAUUUACAUCAAACACGCUGACCUCUUUAAGUAUGCUGCUGAUGCUCAGGACAAACAUUGGCUGGCAGAAAAGCAACAUAUGAGGGCAACAGGUGGAAAAAUGGCCUACCUUCUAAUUGAAGAGGACGUACAGGAUCUUGCAAGGAGUGAAGACUACAGAGAUUGCCCUGAGCUGAGACUGGAUGAACUGAAGCCUUUUAUGGUCCCGCUGUGGAUGAUCGAGAAGAUGCAGAAGGCAAUGGAAGCCCAGCGGUCAGAGAAAGAGUAGGAACAACAGGAUGAGGAGAGGGAAAACUGAGAAGCAGGAAAAUGGGCCAGGACAAGUCAACUCAAAGGACAAACAGUGAGAAACCUCAUCACAGAUAGGACGCACUAAAAGGGCCAUCUGCCUUUCAGUAUUCUGAAGUGUGUAAAAUGGUGCCAGUUGAUAUGAGACUGCACUUGAAAAAAGAAAUAAAUUGUUAUAUAAACUUGCACUGCUAGUUAAUUUCUUACUAUGAAUAAUAUAAUUCCUAAUGUUCUUUAAAUUGUAGAGCAGCAGAUGUGUUUGUUUACUAGAUCCCUGAAUUAAGCCUGAGAAUAUAAAAUAAAACUUACUGUUUAAUAGUCCAUCCACUGGAAGGGUACGUAGUACUUGGAAUUUCUGCCCCCCAAAUUCUCAAUGAAUCUUAAACAGCAGGUGUAACACCACUGUAUAUUGGUUGCUGUAAGUCAGGUUGUAUGUUUUGACAUCGUAUAUCUGUGGGAUGUGCUUUGUGCUUAAUGCCAAUGAGUUUUUUUGUUUGUUUAAUUGACUAGUCCAUAGUGCUUUUAUUAGAGGGAAAAAGUAUAUCAUUAUUCUGUUUAUUUUUUUUCUUUUUCUACAACAGUUUAUUUAAACGAUGAAAUGCUGUUUUUCUAUCUUCUGGAUUAUGUACUGCCUUUUUAAUGAAUUCUUUCAGUUGUAUGUGUUGGGUCUUUCGUUAUCGUUACAUUAUUGGUUACACUGGGGAAGAGUGUUUCAUUUGAAAUGUCUAUGCAGAAUAAUGCAUACGUAAUGCUUAAUGUGUAUGUCCUUCCUUGAAAUCCCUGCAGUAUUAAUUAAAUAUUAAACAUUUUGUUUCAA